UAACCAGCUUACGCGUGGCGUAGCUUGAGUAGCGCAACUGAGAAAUAAUACCUCUCUGCUUUGGUCAUUGAAUGUAAUAAGAUCUAUUAAUCAUAUCAUCCCCAUGUACCUAUGUUCUCUGUUGACAAUUUAAAUUUUACCAACCUCAAUUCAUAUGCUAAGUGUGGUACGAAACAGAGCAUUAUGAUUAGCUUUACAUGUUGACGUUUGACAACAAAUAUGGAAGGUGUGUUAUGGAAGUGGACAAAUUAUUUAUCGGGUUGGCAGCCUCGUUGGUUUGUCCUGGACAAUGGUGUUCUUUCCUACUACAAAUCACAAGAGGAUGUCAACAAUGGCUGUAAAGGUUCGAUCAAGAUGACUGUAUGUGACAUAGUUGUCCAUCCAACUGAUGCUGCCCGACUUGACUUAAUCAUUCAUGGAGAACAACACUAUUAUGUAAAGGCCGCUACAACCAAAGAGAGACAGGAAUGGCUUGUUGCUCUUGGCAGUGCCAAGGCCAUGCUCAACAACAGUGGACGAAGUCAGCAUGUUCAUGUUCCAGUUGAUGAAGUAUCCCCUGGCAGUCUUCGCUCCAAGAAGUCGGAACUGCGUCUCUAUUGUGACCUUCUCAUGCAGCAGGUCCACUCUGUCAAACAAGCCGUAAAGACUGACCAGGCGGACACACAGAAACUAGACGAAGCUACUUCGCUACUGACGGCCACCUGUGACACGUUUAUCCAGACACUAGAAGACUGCAUGCAACUCGCUAAGCAUGUCUCUAGCCCUGGGCCGACAGAGCUUGGUCCUUCUCCAUCCUCACCCACACGCACAAACAGAAAGGGAUCAAGGAAUGUUUCAAGGUCCAACUCUGUUGAAAAGUCAGUACAUCCCAAAUUGUCUCCAAUGAACUCUUAUGAUGGUGUUACACCUUUACGACCUCGUACAAGACCAAGAUCUGGCUCAGAAAGUUCCUUCUCCGAGUCCGAGCUCACCAACGGAACAAUUCGACCACGCUCAAUCAAUUCAGACUCUAAUGUGAUAUAUGAAGUAGAACCUGUGAGGGAGGAGUCAGGAGAUGGUGCUGACAAAUCAGAGAAUUCUGUUGGUGUGAGUGACAGUUCAGAUACCCAACCAAAGCCAGUGUUAUCAUUGAAGCAUAAAGCAAACUCAGAAGAACAUGAUGGCUUGGAGGAUUUUAAGGAUGCAAUUGACAGCAAGAUACCAACAUUUUUCUCAGCAAUGAAACCAAGUGUCACUGAAAUAACAGUUUUACCAAAUAACGGAGUUCCUGUGGAACCAUUCCUGGGAGCAUGCAGAUCCAUUGUGCCUAUAUUUGAUAAAUUAAAUGGGACUGCCUUUGCUCCUGUGAAGAUGGACUUUGCUGGAAACAUCAGGAAAAUCCAGCAGAAGUAUUCUACCAACUCAAACAGCUUUGCAACACUCCAAGACAUGGUGGUUUAUGAAGUCAAAGCCAAACAACACACAAACUCAAACUCUGCUACAGUAGCAAUACUCUGGCUCAAACGAGGACUUGAAUUUAUCCUGGAAUUCAUGCGUGAAGUAUGUUCAGGUCAGCUUGACCUUACAGUGUGUGCAAGCAAUGCCUAUUCCCGCAGUCUAAAACCUUUCCAUGGAUGGGUUGUGAGGGGCGUGUUUGCUGUUGCAGUGAAAGCGCUACCAUACCGUGAGGUGUUCUUGUCUCAACUGGCAGAGGUGGAGUGUGACACGGAGAGCUCCAGCUACCACCACUCCCUCAGUGAGGACUGUGAGGUCUUCAUCCGUUCCCUCAGCUUCCUUACCCGAACCAUCACUGACUUCUACGUCAGUCACGAUCUUGACUCUGCUGAACAAGUUUGACAAGCAAACCACAGGAAAUUGGCCGAUUUCUUCACCACUCAUAGGACAAUGUUUGGUUUAAGCUGGAGCAAUGUACAAAUAAGGCUGUGAAGCUUACCAAUCAACUCCCUUGGAUUUGAUUUUGCAUUGAAACCGUGUGUCAGUAAUAAUUGUAUUUUCACAUUCAUUGUUUAGACUUUCAAUUUUGAUGAUGCAACAAAAUGUGGAUGAUCAUGUUUAAGUUAAGCAUGCCUGAUUUCAUUUGCCUUUCUACUAUUCUUUCAGUCUCAUGAAAUAGAUCAAACAGAAGAACAAGUAGACUAUGUUAUAUAUAUACAAUCCCAUCAUCAGUGUAAUCUGUAUCCCGUCUUGUUUAACAAAAUCAGAGACCAAGUUAGGACAUUUACUACGAAAGGAUUUGGACACUAACUAGGACAUUGUACAUAUCCACUAUUUUCAACAAAUGGAACAUAACAUGAUAAUUGUGUUAUAUACAAAUAAUAUAUUAUUUGUGUUCUUCAAGAUAUUUCUGUCGCGUGUAGCAGGCCUUCAUAUGAAUGGCAUUCUUAUAUUAGAUUGAGAUAAUGGGUCUGUUGAUCAGAAGAAGGUUGCAUGUUACAUUGAGUUCCAGACAAGGGAAACCUUGAUGAAAAUAAGUAGUUGUGGUUCCUUCG